AUGAUAAAUAUUGGUAAUACUAUUAAAAAGACCCAUUUGCCUAAGAAAGAAAAAAAACGUGUCUCUGAAAUUUUGAUAAAUAAAAAUAAAAUAGAAAAUAAUAUUUUUUGUAGGAACAAUAAACUUGAAAAAGACCACCUAGAAAUAAAGAAUAAAAAUAAAAAUAUAGAAUAUCAUUUUCAACCUGUAAAAACUAAUAAAACAUAUAGUAUUAAUAAAAAUGUUAUAAGCAAUAAAAUAAACAAUGAAGAUUUGUAUAUAAAAAAAGAACCCCAUGCAACCUUUCACAUGAAUACUGACAUAAGAGAAAAAGAUAUAAAUAAUAUAUUAAUGCAUUCUAAUGUUACUACAACAAAUUUUAACAAUGACCCUAUUACUAGUACAUCCCAAAAAUGCGCGUCUAAAAAAAGAAUAUGUAAACACAUUCCUAUAAAUAAAAAAUUAAAUUCCAAUAAAGAAAAAUUCAAAUCAUAUCCAAAUAAUGAACAAGAUGAUCUUGGAAACUUUCCCCAAUUAUUAAGAAAAUUUGAAAAAAUAAAAAGAAAAUCCCAAAUUGAACAUAGUAAUGUGCAUAAAAAUGUAGGAAAAAGUAAAAAAAAUGAAAUUUAUAAGACCAACAACAAUUAUGAAAGCUUACAAAAUAAUCCUAAUAGGAAAAUUUUUCAAAAUUGUAGAAACCAUUAUAUAGGAGGCAUUUUUAAUAAAAUCGAAAAAUUAAAAAGGGAUAACUAUCCUAUUAUGGCACCAUCAAAUUUUAAAAAUAACAAACUUGCUCAAAAUAUGAGAAGUAACUCGAACAAAUAUUUUAAGCAUGAAUUAAACAAUAAAAAUAAAUUAACCAAAAAUCAUUCAUUAAAAUAUGAAUAUACCAAGAAAUGGAAUAAUGAAGAAAAUAAAAAUAAUGAUAAUGUACAAGGGGAUGAAUUUGAAAAAGAAGAAAACAAUUGUUCUAAUAAAGAUGGUUAUUCAAGAUAUAAAAAGAAAAAAAAAAAGAAAAAUGAAAAAUAUGAUCAAAAGUUAACACUAAGCAAUAUAAUAUUGAAAAAAAAAUGGAUUAAUUCAGAUACUAUUGAAAGAAUUAUAUCCAAAAAUAGCCAACCUGAUGAAUUGGUAAAAAAAAAUUCAAACGAAAAUAUUCCAAAAAAUGAUACUCCAAUAGUCGAAGUUUCACAAUGGAAAGUAUUUCCUGACGUUAUAUCCCAAUUGGAUGCACCUAUCAUAGAACCAUCUAAUUUUGAAGUACCAUUACACAGACCAACAAAAUGUGCUACUUCUUCCAACUUCUCAUACAAGUUAUCAGAAAAAUUUUCAGAGACACUUUCAACAAGAUUAGAAUGGGAUGAAAAUGAAAUUUUGAAAAAUGGGGAAACUAAGAAAACAAAAAGCGAAUUAGACGGGGUUGAAGAACAUGAUUAUACAAUUCGAAAUACCUCGAUCACGUCUGCGUAUAAACAAUAUAAAAUAAUAAUCAUAAAAAGCAAUAACAUAGAAGUAGGGAACUACAUAAUAAUAAAAAAUAUAGGGAAAGGUACGUUUGGAAAGGUGUGUCUAGGAAUGCAUACAUAUACAUAUGAAAUAGUUGCAAUAAAAAUAUUAAAUAAGAAAAAAUUAUUACGUAUAAUUAGUUAUGAUAAAAUAUUAAGGGAAAUAAAAAUCCAUAAAAAAAUAGAUCAUAAUCAUAUAUGUCGUUUUUAUGAAGUACAUGAAAAUAAAAAUAAUAUAUAUAUGAUAUUAGAAUAUUUAGGAAAUGGAGAUUUAUUGACAUAUAUAUGUAAAAAUAGUAAUAUAAAUGAAAACAUUGGGAAAAGGAUAUUAUACCAAUUAAUAAGUGCUAUAGAAUAUUUACAUAAAAUAAAUAUAGUACAUAGAGAUUUAAAACCAGAAAAUAUAUUACUGGAUCAUAAUAAUAAUAUUAAAUUAAUUGAUUUUGGUUUAUCAACAAUAUAUAGUAAAAAUAAUUUUUUACAAACAUCAUGUGGAUCCCCUUUUUAUACACCUCCAGAAAUACUAUUAGGAAAGAAAUACAAUCCUGAAUUAACAGAUGUCUGGUCUUUAGGUAUAAUCCUUUUUUUAUUACUCAAUAAAAAAUUGCCAUUUAAUCAUAAUGAUAUAAAUAAAUUAUUUCAACAAAUUAUAAAAGGGUUAAUGCAAUUCGAACCCCAUGUAUCCAUAAACGCAAAAAAUCUUAUUCAAAAUAUGCUCAAUGUAAAUUGUAAAAAUAGAUAUAAUUUAAAUCAAAUCAAAAAUCAUAUAUGGUUUUCUAACUAUAAUGCUAAAAAGGAUGUAUACUUAAAUUGUCAUCAAGUAUGUAAUUUAAUGGAUUGUAAUACUUGCAUAUAUAUACAUAUAAUUAAAAGCAGUAAAUAUUAUAACAACUUUUUAAUUAAUAGAGUAAAUAAAAUAUACAACUUAGAUAAAACUAUGAUAUUAAAAGAAUUAAAAAAUAAAGAACAAAAUUGUAUUAAAACAACAUAUUAUCUUUUGUUGAACAAAAUGGUUAAAAUCUUAUCAAAAACUAAUUACUUAUAUUCACAUUAUAUUUUUAUAAAAAAAGAGACAGAUUCAGAAAUCUUAAUUUCUAAUGAUGAUGCUCGAUCUAUUACUUUAAAGGAUAAUCAUGAACCCUCUAAUUUUAAACCAUUUAAUAAUUUUGAUAAUUUAGGAACUUUCAAUUUUUUAGAUCUUUCAAAAAUUCAAAACCAUGCAUUAAAAGAAUAUCAUACUAAUCUAAUGAAAAAUCGAAACAAUGGAAUUAGUGGAGAUAUAGAACAAAUUAAUACACACAAUUUAUUACUAUUACAACCAAAAGAAAAGUAUAAUAUAUUUCAAAUAAAUAAAACACAAGUACCAACAAAUUGUUACCAUUAUAAACAAACCAAAUGUAGAUUAAUUAAAAAUCAAAGAAAAGACUUGUUAUUUUCUGACAAACGUGUUAGUAUCAACAAUCCUAAAAAAUGUAUUAUUAACCCUGAUAAAGUGCUUAAAGAAAAUAUCGAUAAAAAAAAAAUUAACAAAAUAUAG